GCAUCCUGCUGUGAGCUUGUGAAAACAAAAUAAUACCAGAGAAUGUCUGUCUAAUGUCCACUUUUUGCUGAUACGCUUCGGGUUGUCGUAAGUUAUAAUACUAGACAUUGUGUUGCACGUUUAUUUGUAACGUUAGUGGACUAGUGGAGUGCAUCAGCCAACGUGUGAAUACAUCGCCAACAAGAGCGGCAGGUGGUCAUCCAUCAAGAUGAUGCGUUACUGGGGGGAGAUCCCAGCUGUGUCUGCGCCUCCUGGCCGCAGCUCCUUCGAUUUGCUGCAGCGGGAGUUCCGUCAGGUGGAGAUGCAGGACCCGCCCCUGCACCAGCCGUCCGCCCCGCGCCCUCGGCCCACCACCAUGCUCGACGUGCCCUCGGAGCCCUGCAGCCUCACCAUCCACACCGUCCAGCUCUGCCAGCAUGUCCGCCGCCUCCGCAGUCUUCUGGCCGCGGCCCAGCAAGGCCAGCAGCCACUCGCGUCCUCUACAGCCGACGUUCAGAGCAAUUUCAAAACGGAGGAGGGAGAGCCGCUACCUCCGAGACCUCCCACACCAACCAUGCCAGAUGACCUGCUGCCCCCAGACAGUAAGGUCCCAAGCCUGCCUUUCCAGCUUCGGCACAGCAACCCAGAAAGCGACUUCUACAAGGGGAAAGGGGAGCCAGUGACAGAGCUUAGCUGGCCAUCCUGUCGGCAGCUUCUGUACCAGUCUGUGGCUACAGUCCUGGCUCACGCCGGCUUUGAGUUGGCCCACGAGAGUGUGCUGGAGACCCUCACAGACCUGGUGCACGAGCACUACCAGCGGCUGAGCUGGCUGCUCCGUGUUGCCGUGGACCGGGAGGCCCAGCUGGGCGCCACCCCGUUCCCUGACGUGGUGGAGCAGGUGUUCCAUGAGGUGGGCAUCGGCAGCGUGUUGGCACUGCAGCGCUUCUGGCAGAGCCGCAUCAAGGACUACCACAGCUACAUGGUUCAGGUCAGCAAAGAGCUUUCAGAAGAGUAUGAAAGAGUAGUAAAUCCAGAGAAGGCUCUAGAAGACUCCAAACCCAUGCGAGUCAAGGACGAACCAAUGAGUGACAUUCCCUUCCCUGUGAGUGAGGAGCCCGAGGCUGACUUGGCGUCCGGUGACCAGGCCCUGCCCAUUGGGGUGCUGGGUACCUCCAGCGAGAGAAUGGCUGGAGGACUUGAUUCAGAGAAUUCUCCUCAUGUCUCAGGUGCGGCAGUCACCAACUCCCCCUUGUGGCACCUCCCUCAAGUCAAGAUGGAACCGCAGGAUGGAGAGGAGGCCCAGGUGUCGGGGCCUCUGGGAAGUGAUGUCUUUGAGGAAGGGCCCAUGUCCACCAUGAGUGAAGCUGGAAUAGCGCCAUCCCCUGGUGGAGCCUCAGACGGCAGCUACGGUUCCCACUCGCCAGACUCGCUGAUUGGCAGCUCGCCUGUUUUUAACCAGAGAUUUAAAAAGCGCAGGAAGAUGUAAUGGAGGCUUAAUAGAGCAUCUAGGACAUUUCAUUUCAUACAUAACUGUUAAAAAUGACACUCACUUACUUCCUUCACUUUAAAAUGCACCUCCUUGUUUUCUAUGUAAAUAUGUGUUUUUCAUCUGUCUGCUUCAAUAAUGGAAGGUGCUGAGUCAUUUCUUGGGGUUUGAAGACAAAUCAGUGUGUAGUGGACUGCAGCAUUGAUUUAUCUGUUAUAUUACAGGUACACAACAUACAUAUUAUAUUACUUUUUUUUAUCAAAAAGAUAUUCUCCCAGGGACAAAAAAAAGACAAAAAGAAGAAGAAAUGGGAAGGAAAAAAGUAUGGCUUGUCUCCUGUUGUGUAUUUUAAUAAAAUAUGUCCAU